ACCAACAAAUCACGUGUCAGAUGGGCGUGUCCAAUGACAUAGUUCGGUUGCGCUUCACGGGUCUGAUCAACUUUUACUACCCGAGACGAAGCCUUGUUUUAAGUGGCUAGUUAGCUCGGCCCAAACAACAUUUGAAAGUGUUUUUCGACACAGCUGACUUGUUCGUUACAUAUUUGUAUUCCAAACUCGGGGGUGGGGGGGUCCGCAUUUGCUGGCGUUGCAGUACAUUCCUGAAGUGACGCAGGGAGUACGUAAUCUGCUGGCUGUGCUUGCUAGCGAGAGGGCGGAAAGAUAGCUAGCUAGCUAGCUUGCUAUGCGGCUAGGCUAACUGCCCGGGCUAGCAGCUUGGGAUCUUGCUCUCCACCUGACGCCACUUUUCGUUGACCGGACAAGACUCCCAGCAUGCUGAUGGUGGGAGGCGAUGGACUGCUGCACUAGAAUGAGUGUGAAGGAGCUGUGUGACACAGAUGACCUGGCCACCAGUCUGGUGCUGGACCCUCUUUUGGGCUUCAGCACCCACAAAAUGAACGUCAGCCCCCCUCCGGAGGUGCGGCGCUGGGGUAACCUGAAAGAGACACUGCUGCGGUUCCAACGCACGCAUGACUUCCAGGCCACGUUUGAGGCGCUGACGGUGGGUGAGCUGGCUGGCGACUACUUCAACGCUUUGGGAGGCCAUCGUCAGGAGCUGCUGAGGCAACAUGUGUAUCGCUACUUGGGUGCCUUUCUGCUGGACAGUGGCGUCAAGAUCGAGUCAUGUGACAGAUAUUCCUCAGAGACCAACGGAGCCAAGAUCACGUCCACCAGACACUGGUUUGUCGGCGAGCGGGUAGAGGUCCUCCUGGGCUGCAUAGCUGAGCUGAGCCCAGCCGACAGCGCCGUGCUAAGGGCGGGGGUCAACGACUUCAGCGUGAUGUACUCCACGCGCAAACGUUGUGCUCAGCUGUGGCUUGGCCCCGCCGCCUUCAUCAACCACGACUGCAAGCCAAACUGCAAGUUUGUCCCUGGUGAGAAAAACGGAGCUUGUGUGGAGGUGAUUCGACCCAUCUCACCCGGGGAAGAGAUCACGUGUUACUAUGGUGCCAGCUUUUUCGGGGAGGGCAAUGAAAUGUGUGAAUGCUGCACCUGCGAGAGGAAAGGGGAGGGUCACUUCAAACACAAAGGGAAGAAGCCCGAAUGUGAGGAAACAAAGGACCCCCUGGGCCAGAAGUACCGCCUCCGAGAGCGAUACCUCCGCCAUCACCGAGAGAAGGGCCACCUAACCAGGCCCAUUAUUGCAGCAUUACACUCAGCUAUCCCCUCAAGGAAUUCCUUUACCCAUCAGAUGAGAAAAAAUGCCCUCAAGAACAGAAAACUGACACAAACUAAGAAGUGGAUGCGACAGCAGCACAUACGCUCCUCUAAUCUCUGCAGUACCAGGAACCAGCGGCGGACACUUCCUCUUCUGUCGCAGUGUGUCAUAAGGGACCUGAGGAUCAGAGUUCGGCGCCACACGCUGGACUUUUUGCUCAUCUGUAAGAACCCAAAAAGCAGAGAGAGAGCCCUUUUGCACCAACUGGAGGUAGUGCAACCAAAGCCAAGCCCAAACAGCAGCAGUCUAAAGUGUUUGGCUCUCGGUCCCUCCAAGCCACUUCAGAAGAAGAAAGGAAAGGCUGUCCCCUUGAGGAGCUCUUCCCGAGCCAAGAGCAUAGAUCAGGCCACACUCGGACAUCAAACAGCGCCCAGUAACUCAGCUUGCCACCCUGUUGACUCAAACCAAAACUCCAGUACUGUAAAGCAGGACACAGUGGAACCAGCAGAUCCUGAAAUGAAGACUAACAGUGAGCCCGGCAUCUCCAGUACCAGUCACGUCGUCACCGAUAGUAGUAAGACACCUGCAGGCAAUCCAUUAGUAUCACUCAAGCAAUACCUUUCCGUCCGCCUAACAAGGGUAUCAGUGCCUCGCAGAAAAGAGGCUACAAAGCGCUUUGAAGACAAGGACCUCAGAGAAGAGCUGAGAGGAAGGAUGAGGCAGUACCAGGGCCUCAGACCGCUCCCAGCAUCCAAAGCUCAGCUGAAGCAAGAACCGCCGCCAAGCGCCUGCACCACCGCCGAAGGCAACCGAGGAGUGCGGGAGAUGUUUUUCAAAGCGGUUGAUAAAGUCAACGUACGCAAGCGACACAGUGGCGAGAUGGCAGAUGAUUCAUCCCCGUGCAAGGGAAGCGAGAAAAACAAGGUCAUCGAAAUCCAGACGGUGUCUGAAGAAAAAACAUGCAAACGGCAGCAAGUGGACAGAAGUGCAGAACACAAUGAAAAGAGAAAGAUUAUCGCCGCUACUGAAAAAGAGGACAGAAGUGCAGAACACGAGAAGAGAAAGACCGUGUCUGCUGCUGAGAAAGACGACAGAAGCGCAGAACACAACAAUAAGAGAAAGAUUAUCGCCGCUACUGAAAAAGAGGAAAUAAGUGCAGAACACAACGAGAGGAGAAAGACCAUCUCUGCUGCUGAAAAAGAGGAAAGAAAUCCAGAACACAACGAGAAGAGACAGGCCGUCUCUUCUGCUGAAAAAGACAGCAAAUCUGCGUGUAAACGAGUGUCCAAUGGAAAAACUACCAGGCAAAAUAACUUGAAAGAUGAUAAAGUUGAGGAAGCACACGACGCUCCUGUUUCACAGCAGUCCGUUUGUACGCCAAACCAGCAAGCAGGAAACAAACCUGUCAACGAUAUCAUCAUAAAGACGGCAAAGGUUCUAUUGUCUGAUAUUUUGAAAAAAGGAAAACCCAAGCAAUUACAGGGUGAUAGUUCUGCCUCGCCCCCCAGAAAAAUUCCAAACCAUGCAGGCAGACGCAGCAUUAGGAGGCGACGGCGGCGGAAGAGCAGAUGGUUGAAAAGAAAAGUUGAACAAAAGCUGAGGGCAGACUCAAGCAGUGCAGACACAGGGUUAGUCGACUCUAGCCAAGAUGGCGCACAAAGUCUGUCGGCAAACCAGCACAGAAUCCUCUGCGCCUCCCGCCUGAACCCACUACCUCCUGAGUCGCACAUUUCAACAAACAGUCUACAGCCUCAAGCCAAUCCUCAGGCGCACAUGCAGUCCAACAUACCUCUGAAGAAACGGACAUUCCGCAGCUCCGUAGAGCCAGAACAAAGUGUGACUUCUGCUCCAGAUGGAGCCCAAAAAGUAGACUCUGCAUUAGACACAAAUAAAAGGCAAGACCCGAGCCGGGUUAUAGAACAUAAGAGCACUACUAAACGAGGCAGAAAAAUGAAACUUAGAGCAAAAAUGCAGAGGUUUAAGUGUCGAAGGGUCACAAGACAAAAUUACAACAGUAGAGUGCUUCGGCCAAGAAGUCCUGAAGUGCAGCAAAGGAAAGUUCACAAGUUAAAAUCAGAGACGCGAUGUGCAAAGGACAGCGCUCCCCAUCAAGAGUCUGUUAACCUUGACGGAAACAAUCAAACCGAGGAAGCUAAUAAUCUGGAAAAGAGCUCUCCAGCAGAAGCCAAGAUGGAAACCCUCGAACAAAGCGAUCUGGAGGAGAAAAAGCCGGAACUUAAUUUUAGGAUUCGUUUCAAGCGGAGGAAAGGGAAAGUCUGGGAAAUGCAGAAUGACGGAUUAGGAAACAUGACCUUGAAAAGUGAAAAGAGGGAGGAUAUGGACAACGAUCCACUCAAAGCCAUCAUGGAUUCCGUGUCAGUAUUAAGCAUGGAGAUGCAGGCGGCUCAGGCUCAUGUGCAGGCCAGCAAAAAGUCCAAGAACCGACUGCUGCGCCUGAAGAAAAGGGGUGAGAGAAGAAGUGAGAGGAAGAAUGUCUCUACUGUGGCAAAAUCAGAGCAGGGCUGUGAGGACAAACUCCAAGACGGUAAGGAGAAACCUGAUCAGGAGAUUCUCUCAGCAGCCAAUCAGCUGCCAGAAAAAACCCAGAUUGAGACGUCAUCAGCUGCUGUGCAGGAAACUAAAUUUGAAGAUCGAUUCACAAAAAAUUGCUGCUUGUUUGAAAGUGGGUCACAACAGAAACUGGAGUCCAAUUUAGAUCUGAAUGGUAUUUCUUUGCCUGUUCUUAAGCUUCGGAGAAAGAUCGAGGGCAUCUGGGAGGUGGAAGACACGGACGAGGAGACAAGCCUGCCUGAAGUUAAAAUAGAGGCCAAAGUUAAGAGGGAGAUCAGAGGUCAUCUUUUGGCCAAGCAAAACAAAGGAUUGCUUGAUUUAAGCAAGUCGAGAGAAGAGCUCCUGUCUGCUCAAAAGAAUUUACCGGUAAACAGUAACCCUUCGCCCCAAAAACCAGAUGCACCACAGUUGUCUUUGUCUCUGUCUCCGCUGUCCUUGUCCUCCCCGCUGAAUGUUAACCCCGACAUCGCAUCGCCUGAUGUCAUUCCUGAAAGAACAGACGUGAACAGCGGUGGAAAGAAGCAGCGACACAAAAUGAAGUGUGGGACCGUAGAGACGUCAACAAAUUGCCUCAGUCAAUCCCUCCAGCAGAUUGACAACAGCCUCUCCAAGCUGUCCGAGGGUUUGUGUUCUUCUCAGAUUUUGGAGAAAACUGCUGCCUUUUCCAGCAUUCCCAAUCCCCUCGUCGAGCCUCCUUCCCAGUCUCCUCCAUUCCAGACGGCAGACAACAUGCUUUCAGGCGAGCCCUCUUUCCCAAACUGCUGUGAUGACCUUCUGGACUUCCAGUGUCUCAACUUUGAGGGCUAUUAUCAGCCACAGAACAUUCUGCCGUCAUCUCCAUCCGACCUGUGUUCACUUGAUCCACCCACAGACCCCUUCAGCAGCCCCCUUUCACAUAGCCCCGCCGACACAUGGACAACUGAGACGCCCUACCUCGGCCCCCCUAGUCCAGGAAAUAACUUUACCGGCGAAGAUCUGCAGUUCUUCCCCAGUCUAUUGUCAUCCAAAAAUGAUCCAGUUUCUCUGGACUGUGAAGCAAAGGACUUCUCUAAAGACCGAAACACGCCCCAAACUAGCUUCAGUUUUUCCUCCCUAAACCCGGAGCUCGCAGCAAAAGACCGGACUCUAAAUAAAAAUCCAGGAAUCCGCGUGUCCAAAGAGGACUCAAAAAGUAAUUCCUCCUCAGCUGGAGGCAAGCCACGCCUGUCAAGCACAUCUGCCGCUCCAUCUCAAAAUCCUAUUCCUCUUUCAGUUCAACACAGUCUCAACAUGAAGUCUAGCAGCAGCCAAUCAAGAACAACCUCUAACCUCAAAACGCAGGGACCCUUCCAUCGCAUGAGCAUUCCUAACAAGUCCCAGACUUUCCCGAGUUGCCAGACUAAUGCAGUACGAGGUGUGUCCCAGAGUAGCCUGACCAGAUCCAUCCCAGUGUCUCCAAUGGCAAACAAAUUCCUAAAUCCGCAACGCUUAGCUGUAAAGAACCCUAACCCCCCUGACAAUCCGUUCACCUUCCACGAGAAACCCUCCACAGUCAUCCACAGAGUCGUCAAGUUUCAGGGAGGGAACCAGAGCCAGAACUUGUAUAGCGCGCCUCCCAAAGACCAUGUGGCUGCUGGCGGCCAUCCUGAUUUGUCUAAAACAUUCAGUGCAAAGUCGGGAGAGAGUGAGAGGAGUGAGCAGAGUCAACACAAAGGCUCUUUCGAUUACUCUGGCAACCCCAGCAGGCCUGGUGCUCAUUUAAACAAACAUCAGCCCCUCAAUAGGAGUAGAAUGUCCUCUGACAAACAUGAAGACACAAAUGUGGCAUACAAGAACUUUUCCACAUUGCCACGACCUUUCGUCUUCCCCAGUAAAGACGGGUAUUCCUCCCCGCAGGACAAGAGUUCCAGACACGAUAGAGCCACUCCCCUGGUUUCGGACAAGAACCAGCCGUGUUACACUCAGCAGGACCCUUUUGACUUCACUUUCGGGUCGUCGCUGUCUCCAAUGCCUCAUCACAGCAGCUCUCAAAUGGUCCACGAUACGCCUCCGGGUACGCCAGCGCCAGCAAACAAGAGUCACACAUCAGCUUCCUUCCCUCACAGCUCCCAAGGCCCCCCUUAUGUCCUCAACUUCAGUGGAGACCAUUCAUUGACGCUGGGUCUCAGGGAUGGGUCUGAAGGCUACCCAGGACUCGGCCCAACAAACUACACCUACCACUGCCUGAUGGAACCUUCCGGCACACAAGGGCGGCUGGUCCUCGAGCCGUGCGGGUCUCAGCCAUCCAACCCGUCUUCCUUUUCCCUGGGUGGGUUUUCAGGACACAAAAGUGGGCCGGAUGAACAUUUUAAGAGGGACGGGCACCAUCAGAACCAGCCGGGUGAUCACCAGGACAUGCCACACUAUGGACCAACAUCUCACUCUAUGGGUUCCACCAAACCUAAGAGAGUGAGGUUAGUCGUGACAGACGGCACCGUGGAUUUGGACCUCCAAUAUUCUGACUGAUUCACAUCUGCUGGAGUCACUGGAGAUGAUUUUGUAAAGCUUUUUCUAAAUUAUAUUUUGAUGGAUUUGUGUAUAGAUUUGUCGAUAUUGAGGAUUGGCAGACGAAGAGAACGCGUGGACGAUAUCUGCGACCACACUUUGGACGUUACGUGUUGACAACACGUUAGCCUCGCCGUGGUGAUCCGAGAGCUGCUGGCUUUUUUGUUUUUUAAAAAGGCAGCUUUGUGCCUCCGUAUUUCCUAAUCCGACUUUUUCCAAACGGUCUACCCUCGAUUUUAUAGCCACAAUAAUCUUUUUUCUCACUUUGUUUGUACGUGUGAGUGUGUCGUAGUAGCGAGCUAACGUGUACGGGUGAGUGGGCUUGCGUCGACGAGCUCAGCACUCACAGCGGACCCCUUGGACCGAGAACGUUAAAGCUGCUGUAUGUCCCCGGCUCAACGGUUAGCAUGGGUUACCAAUAGAAUAUACUUUACAAAUACACGCCUACAUUAAUUCGAGCCAAAUAAAAUGAUUGUCAAUCGGCUUUCUUGCGCAAGCGCAAAAGAGAUCUUCGAGAAUUAACCGAUUUAAAAAGUAUGCAAUGGUUGUCCGGCACGCACCACCAAUCCGUAUCGUGAUAAAGUACGUAAUGGACCAGGUCACAAAAGCCGAUCCCCUUCUGGCUGAUACUCUUUUUGUUCUUGGUCCCUCGGCUAGCAGCUAACUGUAUAUGUCCAUACACAGUGUGGCGCCCCCUAAGUUAAUAAACAUCCAUUACGGCAAAUAAAAUAUAUUUCUUCGUAAGUAGUAUUAUCACUGGAGGACGAGGCUGAACAUGUUAAAACACUGACUAAAACAAGCAGAUAAGAAGGUACACGAAUAUGGCCCGAAAAAUCUGGAUUAUUUUCAUCACGAUUAUUCAUUGUUUGGUAAAACAUAGUAUUUCCUACGGGUCAACAAUAUACUUGUUGUGGGGUUGUGAAAUCAUGUAAUUACGUAAUGAAAGUCGUAUAUAAAGGCUAAAGUGUUUUAUAUAUAUACUGUAUAUAUAUAUAUAUUUUAAAAUAAUAAUUUCUUUAUUAUUUUGAGUGCGGACAUUACCGAUUUUUCUUAUAGUAUAUAGUAUUUUUACGGGGUCAUACACUUCAUUAAUUGGACACUCACUUGAGCUAAUCAUGCAUUUGGUCAUUUGAUCAUUUGUAGUGUGAAAUGUGAAUAUUAAAGUAGGGGUUCUUGACAUUCUUAGGGCCCAUUUUUUCCACUACAGAUUGGUCCGUGGCCCACUCAAAUAUUACCACUGAAUAAGUAAUCUUACUCUUGAUUUUAUUCAUUCUGGAAUCAUUUCUAACCUACUUACAGUUUAACAGGUUAAACCUUGUCAAAUGAUAUGCAACUUUAUUUACAAAGAUUAUUAUCUAGGCAGGUCAGGCUGAUUACAAAAUAAAUGCUAAUCAAAUGUACUGUAAAAGAAGGGAUUAAGAAAAACUGAUGAAAAAUAAAUGUACAUUGUACAUAUGACGCACUCCUAAAUACAUUCUAACUAAUGGUAACGCUUUUCUACCUUCAAGGUACUCAAAGCGCUUUGACACUAUUUCCACAUUCACCAAUUCACACACUGAUGACCGGAGCUGCCAUGCAAGGCGCUAACCACGACGCAUCAGGAGCUCAAGGACACAGCGGACGUGACGAGGUUGGUAGAAAGUGGGGAUUCAACCAGGAACCCUCAGGUUGCUGGCACGGCCACUCUCCCAACCGCGCCACACCGUCCUCUAAACUAACUAAAUGAUUAAUAAUAUAUUUGUUAAAUAAAAGUGCAAAUGAAAAAUCAGCUUCACCACUUAAGUCAUAAUUUUUAAUUAUGGUUCAAUUUAAUGUAGAGAUGUCCGAUAUUAUCGGCCAAUAAAUGCUUUUAAAUGUAAUAUCGGAAAUUAUCGGUGUCCAAAAAGUAAAAUGUAUGACUUUUUAAAACGCCGCUGUACGGAGUGGUACACGGACGUAGGGAGAAGUACAGAGCGCCAAUAAACCUUAAAGGCACUGCCUUUGCGUGCCGGCCCAAUCACAUAAUAUCUACGGCUUUUCACACACACAAGUGAAUGCAAGCAUACUUGGUCAAUAGCCAUACAGGUCACAAUGAGGGUGGCCGUAUAAACAACUUUAACACUGUUACAAAUAUGCGCCACACUGCGAACCCACACCAAACAAGAAUGACAAACACAUUUCGGGAGAACAUCCGCAACAUAAACAACAAAACAAAUACCCAGAAACCCUUGCAGCACUAACUCUUCUGGGACGCUACAAUAUACACCCCCUGCUACCCCCAACCUCGCCCAUCUCAACCUCCUCAUGCUCUCUCAGGGAGAGCAUGUCCCAAAUUUCAAGCUGCUGUUUUGAGGCAUGUUAGAAAAAAAAUGCACUUUGUGACUUCAAUAAUAAAUAUGGCAGUGCCAUGUUGGCAUUUUUUUCCAUAACUUGAGUUGAUUUAUUUUGGAAAACCUUGUUACAUUGUUAAAUGCAUCCAGCGGGGCAUCACAACAAAAUUAGGCAUAAUAAUGUGUUAACUCCACGACUGUAUAUAUCGGUAUCGGUUGAUAUCGGAAUCGGUAAUUAAGAGUUGAACGAUAUCGGAUAUCGGCAAAAAAGCCAUUAUCGGACAUCUCUAAUUUAAUGUCAAUGUUAUAUUUUUAUGUUUUAAAUGUACUGAUUGUACUCGCAUGACAGAGUUUCUUGACUUCCACUUUUGCAUUCUUUGGAUUCAUGCGCAGGUGCAUGGGGUGCAUGAAUUCCAAUGGGGGGGGGGGCAGGUCUUGCCAGAACACUGGCGAAAAAUGUUGGCACUCGACGGAAGUGUGUGUUCAAAUUCUGUUUAUGGAAUGAUAGCUAGCCGUCAGUCGUGGUAGUGCGACUCCAAGAACAAUCGAUUAAUUGUGCAUCCCCACAAGAAGGCAUGCUAAUCGCUAAGCUAGCCACUAAAUUAGCUAUAAACAAGAGAAGAAAUAUGUGCUUGGUAAAGUUUCAAACGUGUAAAAGGUAGCACGUUACAGCAGAAAGUAAGCAGUUAUUAACAGGAAAUAUACAGGUAGAUUGGGUGGGCGUGGCUUACAUGGUCGGACCAGGAAGAGGGCGGGACAUAUUGCUCCUUCAAGGCAGCCACCUGUCGUUACAUACAGCAGCUUUAAUGCAAACUUACAUUUUAAAGUACGGUAAGAAAAUCCUUCCAUUGAUGAGCUAAAAUAAACGCAAGUUACUUUUCUAAACUUCUUUUUGCACUUCAAGGGUUACAUGUACAGUGUUCUGUUGACUUUUACCACCAACCCCCCCGGCCACGGUGUCAUGUGAUAGCUGUUAUUUUGGGAACAAAUCCCGGCUGGGAUGAUUGUUUUUAUUUCCGAGGUCCGCGCUGUACACGCGAGGCUCGCACACUGUAAAGCAAACGUCCGCGCCUGCAACGCAAGUCCCGACCUGCGGGCGUGGACACAGGGAGCGCGCAAAGGUGUUCGUACCAGAGUUGAAACGGUGACAAUCUUUUCUGCUUUUCUCAUAAAUCACGGCAUCUUUUCUCCCCGCCUUGGGCCAAAACAUCGAGUGUCAUCGGUGUUGAUAUCUCCGCCUUAUACGACAACCAUAACUGUACUUAUUUAUUUCAAUCUCCUCAUCCUUGUGGAAAUGGUGCUUUAACGUAAUUUAUACUUCACAUUGAUUCUUGGAAAGGAUGACAUGUUUUUAAGCUUAUUUAAUGGGACAAAAAUAUUGAACUGAAUAAAUAUAUAGUAUAUACUCAUAUUUAAUUUCUCAUCCACUUUUUCUGUUGUAAAUCUUUAGCCUUUUUUCCCCUACAAACUGACUUGUUAGUCUUAGGUUUGCUGUAGAAAUGUACAAAUGUAGCUUGUAACAUUAAAGACUCUUUUUUUCUA